UUUAUUUUCUUCCCUUUUCUCUCUCUUUCUGGACACUUAUCAUCUUAAUCUUCAGUUAGAAGAGAGAGAAAAACACUAUAAGUUUGGUAAUUGUGUUUCGUUGGUCUCUUUGGUGGAACGGCCAAGGCUAAGAUUAAAUCUUCUUUCCUUUUCUCUGCCAUUCGAUCGCCAUCUUGCUUUUUCGCAUUUUCAUCAUCUUUGUAGACUCUUCUCUCUCUCUCUCUCACUCACUUUCUGUGAUUUAAGUACUUUUACCUGGUUUGACGAGUGCAACGAGUUACUUAUUUGAAUAUCUUCCAGUGUCAACAAAAAGGCGGAAUCCAAUGGAAGGGAUUCCAUAUAUUCAUGGAGAAAAAUUCAGAGCCAAUUGGAGACUUAAGCUAAUCAACUGUAUCCUUAUGUCAAUUUUAUUCAUUUAUAUGAACAAUAAUUAAUUGUAUGAGCAACGAAAAUGUUGACUGAGUAACAACUUGAAGACAAACAAUGAAACCCAUUCGAUUGCAAGUCUACAAUUAAAUAUUAUAGAGAAGUAAAUUGACAAUAAAUUAUCACAUUUAAAUCAACAAAUCAGAAGUAACAAUUAACUGUUACCAGUGACAUGAAGAGUAACAUUGGAUUAAGUAUAAGUAAAAUGUCAUCGGAUUGAAAAAUGGAGCGAACAACUAAUUCAAUUACAUUAACUAGCAAUAGAAUUAAUUGUUGAAAUGGAAUUGGAAUUGGAAAAAAAUCGAGAAAAUUAAAUUUAUUGAGAUUCUGAUUAACAGAUGAGGCAAAAAAUCAAUACGCUAACAAUUAACUAAACACAAUUGAAUGAGAUUAAAAAAAAGUAACAUUUACAAUUGAAUCUUUUUUGUUUGUUUGAUUGUUACUUCACUUUUCAAUCCAAACAAUUAACCAAUUAUGAUGAUUGAAUGAGAAAAAAAGUUAAAUCAUCAUCAAUGAAAUGGCGAUAGUAAAAUUAACAGUUGGUGUUAAUUGUAAAAUACACAAUUGAUUAGGAAGAAAAUUUUUUCUUAAUCAGUUGAUCAGCAUUUCCUGCUGAUUGAGUUGUGAAUCUUGAUUGAUUCUUAAUUGUUAAUCAAGGUUUUAACUUUUUUUUGUUGGACACACAUUCACCCUUAACUAUUAUCUCAAUCAAAUUGAUCAGUUUAUCAACAACUCUUGAAGUGCUCAACCAAAUUGAUAGAUUUAUUUAAUAGCGAUCAUCAAUUUUGACUGAAUCUAUGUGAUUGUGAGGUAAUUUAAUACUAAUCAAAUUUUCUAGGAUUGUGAUUAAAUGUGGAACCAAUUUCAGCAAUUAAAUUGAAUUUAAAUCUUUUCAUUUGUUAUUCAUUUCAAGCUAAUCGCUCAUUUGAAUUGAUCUUUGCAAGUGAUUAAAGUUUUUCUCUCAUGUGUCUCUCUGAUUGAUAAAAAUUAUUUUGAUUGUGCUGUUUGUUUGAGUUAAUUGUUCUGAUCAACAGAAAGAAAAUGUCACCAUCAAUUGAGAAAAAUAAUAACAACAAUUCAUCAAUUGCAAGAGAAUCAAUAACAGAGCAAGUGACAAUCAACGAAAAGCUCAAUCUUUGUUUUCCUCUUGAAUCGUUGACCCAAGUGCGAAGCGAUUUGAUCAAUUAUUCAAAAAUUAACGAUAAGAAACUGGAUCAAGGUCUAUUGUCACAAUUAAUGAUCGACGACAAUUUACUUUGCCGUUAUAUGAAACGUCGCCGAGGUCACAUUGAGCCUUCGGUACAGUUUAUCAUCGGGGCUCUUGAAUGGCGACACUCGUUGGGUUUGGACAAAUGUUCAGAGGAAACAUUUCCCGUUGAACUUUUUUCCUCCGGUGGACUUUUCAUCUUAGGCCACGAUAACACCGGUAACACUGUUCUUCACAUUCGAGUGUCUCAUUUUUACAAAAUUCCCGAACUUAUUGGUCUUGUUAAACAGUUCGUCAUGUUCCAUAUGUACAAAGCGGACGAAAUGGGUUCCAGGUCAUUCCCGUUGACCGGUGGUUGGGUUUUGGUGUUUGAUUGUUCAAACGCUUCACUGGCCCAAGGUGAUCCCGAAAUGUUGGCCUUCAUCAAUUCAUCAUUGAAAAACUAUUUCCCCGCCGGGCAAAAGUACAUUCUCAUAAUCAACCUCAAUUGGGUUCUAAGAGCAAUUAAAACUCUCGCAUUCACUUGGUAUCCAUCAGCUGUUAAGAAUCGAAUCAAAUUCAUCUCAAUCAAACAAGUUACUGAUUAUAUUCCGUUGAAUGAGUUACCUGAUUAUCUCGGUGGGUCAGUUAAUUGUUACCGUUCAAUUCCCAAAAACUGUACAACAUUGGAGACGCUUCGUUCAAACGGUUCAAUUACUUUGGCUCAAUCAGCUUACGAUAAAAUCAUCAAAAUACUUACACUCGUUAAUUAAUCGCAGCAAAUGACAAUAACAAUUAGUUCAUUUUUCACCUUAAAUAUCUUAUACUCAUUCAAUUAAAGAUUCGUGUUGAUCAUUAAAUAAAGUCAAUUA